UUUUUCAUAAAGGUUGACGAAAGAAAAUCGAGAUCGGUGAAUUCGAAUCUGCAAUCAGUUUCUCGAAAUUCGGUACACAAAAAAAAUUUCUUUUACCUAAAAAAAUCGUGUUUUUCAUACAAAACUUUUUUUUUCUCCGAAAAAAACGACUAUAGGAUUUCGAGAAACUGAUUGGAGAUUCGGAUUCACCAAUUCCAAUUUACUUUCGUUAGCCUUUAUAAAGAAAAAAUCGUUAUUUUCUCAAAAAAAACUUUCUUUCGUGAAAACCGACUUGAACAGGCAGCCGUACCUACGGUUAUCGUCACCAUUGCAUUCCUAAUUUCAGUAUUUACAUCAACACUGCACAACCCUACUCAACAGUACUAUGAUUUCAUCUUACUUUAUAUUCAACAAGGACUAUGACUACUGAACGUUUAAAGUUGUUUUUAAGGCCCUCCCUCAAAAAGUCAUUUGUCGUCAGAAUGACCAAAAUUAAGAUAAAUGUAGGAAAAGAUAACCCGUGAUUGGAUCUCUCAAAAACGACAAAAAUUUUUACUUGGCAUCUCGUUUUUUUUCCACAAGUUUUUGAAGAUUUCUAUCAUCUUCUAUGUGAAAAAUAGAAAAUCUUUUUCGUUUUUUUCUCCAUUACUUUCAACUCCUUUUUUCCAUUAAAAAGUAAGAGUCUAAAAAAAACCGGCUCUCAUAAGCACUGGAUUCUGACAUGCUCUUCCAAACAAAAAAAAAAUUAAAUGUGUACACUGAAGAUUACAGAGAAUUUUUGAAGACGAAAUGAACUAUUGUUUGGUCAAUAUCUCCCUCAAACGUCAUGAUAUAGAGCUGAAAAGUAUACCAUAGCCUUCCCACUACAGCUCAAACAUAUUCUGAAAAUUGCAUGCCAUUCGAACGAUUCUGUUCUGAGAUUGAGUUUUGAGAAGGAGACAGCCUUAAGCUUUUGUUUGUCUGCUGUCUGGAAUUUGACCAAAACUUCAUCAUGUAAAAAUUGAAUAUUUUUUAAUUUUCUAGGAAGAAUCAACUAAACGUCAACAACAUCCAUCACAUGGUUUUCUAACAAAGCUAACAACGAAUUUCAAACGACCAACAACAAUCUCACUAUCUACACCAGCAGAAGUUAAAGAUACGAGCAGUAUAACCAAUACUACUGCUACUACUACUGUUGACAAUCAUUUAUCUAAUAUUGAUAAUCGUAAUUUUCGACGUCAACCAUUUUUUAAUGUGACACGUGUCUCAUUAACACGACCACCACAUCAAGAAUUAUAUGCUAAAAUGCAACAAGAAGAUGAUGAAGACUGUGAUAAACCAUCUAUAUCAUAUAUAUCUGAAAAACGAACACCACAACAUCAACAACAAUUAAAAAUGUAUAAUAUUGAAGAAGAUAUGCAUAUGUCAGAUGAUAACUAUAAUAAUAAUUCUUUACAUAUUAAUCCUAGUAGUAACGACGAUGGAGAAGAAAUGAUUUUAACUGCUGCAAAACUUACACCACUUAUCAUAUCUUCUCCUACAACUGAUAAUACACCAUAUAUAUCAUCAACAUCAGCAACAAAUAAUUCUCGAUGUUAA